GACCCAAAUUUUAUACAAAAAAAUUUAAAGGGAAAAAUGUUAAAGCUGCAAAGCAUUCAGUUAAAGGAAGGGCUCGGGAAAGAUGAAAAAGUAAUAAAUUUUUUAAAUACAAGCAAAGUGAAAGUAGAAGAAUUUGAUGAAGAAAUGAUUGAAGAAGAACUAAUUGAAUCUUUGAAUGAGAUGGGGAAAAAAUUUGGGCAAAUCAAAUGUAAAUAUUUUUUGUUCGAAAGUUAA